AUGAACUUAUUGAAUGUUGCUAAACAUCUUCUUCAUUUGGCUCAAACUGAAUGUGGAUCUGAAAAUUCUGCAACAACCAGCGAUGAAAUUUUUCUCGCCGAACGAUUAUUCGAAGUUCUAAAGUCAUUUAAAGAUAGCUACUUCAGUGAAUUGUAUACUUAUGACAGUCUCGACUUCGACGAUGAAUGGGAUGAAAUGACUAACGAAGAAGAAAGCGAUGAUGACAAUGAUGAUUACGACGAGAAUCAACAUUCUGAUAUAGAAAAUCGUUUCACAUUAGAAGAAAUGGAAAAUAUAAUAGAAUGGGUUGAUCAACAUCCCAAUGCUAAAAUUGCAACUAUUUCCAAUCGAUUCAAAAAGAAACGAACCAUUGAAAAAGAAACUGUUCACGAUGCUGACCUUGACCUUUAUGCAAUUCAAAAAGCAAGAGAAUUAAAUUGGGAUACGUUCAAGGCAAAUGCUCAAAAUUGGAUUGAAAGUAAAAGACCCUUAAUAUCAAAGUAUUCUUCUCACCAAAUUUUAAACAGUGAUCACUGUUCAUUUCAGCAAGAAUACAUUCCACCAAGAACCCUUUCUUUUACUGGUGAAAGAACAACAGAGGUGGCUGUUAAAAAGAAAUAUAAUACAACACAUUCUUAUACAGUCCAACCAGUUACAUCAGCCGACGGUCAUUUAUUAGACAAGUUCCUACUUAUUCUCCAAGAAAAAGAAAAUACAUUUGGUGCAAAUGUGCAAAAAAAUUUAAUUGUACCACCAAAUGUUGUAGUCAAAGCUUCAAAAUCAGGAAAAAGCAGCGGUGAAAAACAUCAUGCUUUUCUAAAUGAAGUUUUGCAUCCAUUGGUUGGUAAAAAAUUUCUUCUUUUCCUUGAUUCUUGGAAAACUUAA